AUGGAGAGAUUCUUGUCUGAUGAUGAGCCGUUUGCUAUGGCUACUAAGUUUGAGAAUCUUGAGCAGGGUACUAUGUCUGUUCGUGAGUAUAGUUUGAAGUUUACUCGUCUGGAAAGGUAUCCAAUGUUUAUGAUUCAGACUAAAAAGAACAAGUUGAGCCGAUUUGUGCGUGGUUUGGUACCACAUAUUAAGUCUGCAUGUGUUGCUGCGGCUAUAUCCCCUACUUGUACAUUUUCAUCCUUGGUUGGGUUCGUUGAACAACAAGAGAACUGGAAGGGCGAAGAAAGUCUGGCGCUUAUUCAAGUGGCAGUGUUCCGUCUGGUAGACAGGGUCAGAGAAACAAUAAUUAGCGUAGAUUCUCGCAGGAGAAAUAGUUCAUUUGCUUCUGUUGCGGCUAAAAAUCCACCUGCUGGUAAUGCUAAUAACACUCCUAAUGCUCGUGGUAGCGGGAAUGGUAAAGCGGUUGCUAACACUACUAAUGGGGGACAAGCCCAACUUUAUGGUUUAACCGUAGGGAGGCAGCUGAAGCCUCAAAUGUUGUGGUUACAAGCAUUCUCACUAUUUGCUCUUUUGACGCAACCCUUCUCUGUGGAUACCCCUGCUGGUGUUCCCGUUAUUGCUUCUAGAGUUUAUAGAAACUGUGUAGUUGUAAUUAAAGGCUGUGAGACUAUAGCCGACUUGUUCGAAUUUGAGAUGGUUGAUUUUGAUGUGAUUAUGGGGAUGGACUGGCUGCCUGAGUGUUAUGAAUAUGUGGAUUGCCGACAUAAAUUAGCUCGGUUUGAAUUCCCUAAUGAGCCGGUUAUUGUGUGGAAAGGUAAAAUUGCUAAGCCUCGAGGUAGGUUUAUUUCUUAUCUUAAGGCUCAUAAAAUGAUCUCGAAAGGGUGUAUUUAUCAUUUGGUUGCUGUCAACAACACUCAAGUUGUAGUACCCAAAUUCCCGUCUGUCCCUAUAGCUAAUGAAUAUCCCGAAGUGUUUCCAGAAGAUCUUCCGGGUAUUCCAUCUGAUAGAGUUAUUGAUUUUAGGAUCGAUGUUAUUCUCAAUACUCAACCUAUCUCUAUUCCACCGUAUCGUAUGACUCCGACAGAGCUUCGAGAAUUGAAAGACCAAUUGAAAGACUUAUUGGAUAAAGGAUUUAUUCGACCAAGUACCUCACCCUGGGGUGCUCAGGUCUUAUUUGUCACAAAGAAGGAUAGAUCUCUUAUAAUGUGUGUAGAUUAUCGUCAGCUUGAUAAGAGCCGUGAGGAACAUGCAGAUCACUUAAGAAUAACCUUAACAACGCUUGAGGAGAAUAAGCUUUAUGCAAAAUUUUCUAAGUAUGAGUUCUGGCUUAACUCUGUGGCUUUCUUAGGCCACGUGAUAUCUAGCGAAGGUAUUAAGGUUGACCCUCAUAAAAUUUCGACAGUCAAAGACUGGCCGAGACCCACGAGUACGACGGAUAUUCGUAGCUUUUUGGGCUUGACAAGUUAUUACCGGAAGUUCGUGGAAGGUUUCUCAUUGAUAGCCUCACCAUUUAAGAAACUAACUCAGAAGACUGCUAAGUUUCAAUGGUCUGAAGCUUGUGAAAAGAGCUUUCAAGAGCUAAAGGCGAGAUUGACUUCGGCUCCUAUUUUGAAUUUACCUUCAGGGUCUGGUGGCUAUGUAGUUUAUUGUGAUACUUCUAAGAUUGGUUUUGGUUGUGUGUUGAUGCAGAAUGGUAAGGUGAUCGCCUAUGCCUCGCGACAGUUGAAGAAGCAUGAGAAGAAUUAUCCAACUCGUGAUUUGGAAUUGGCUGCUGUGGUUUUUGCUUUAAAGAUUUGGCGUCGUUACUUGUAUGGCGAGCAUUGUGAUGUCUUUAUUGAUCACAAGAGCUUUCAAUAG